UGACAGGGACGCGAGCCCGGGCCGCCCCGCCGCCGGGGCUCUCCUCCGCCCCAGGGAAAUUCGUUUCCGGGGUCACGGUCUGCACACAGACCUGUGGCGCCUGGCAGCCGGGCCGAGCGUGUACGGCAGAGAGAGUUGCAAGUGGGGGGUUGCAGCAUCGCUGGCUCGCGUGGCGGGGCUCGCAAAACCCCAGCAGCCCGAGUUUCCUUGUGCCUCUGAAGAGCGCCGCUUGCACGCGGUGGGAUCCCCGACGUUAGCGCUGCGUUCGAGGGAGAGUUUUCGUACGCGGCUGCUUUGUAGCAGUCGAGCGGAGGUCGGAACGGGUAGUUACGUGAGUGGGAGGAAGCGAAGGGACGGUUAGCGCGGCUCCUGGUCGUGGCCUGCAGCCGCCCUGAAAUCAGCAUCGCUGGGUUCGGCUGCUGCAGUUUGAAAAGGGACUUUGACCAUGUCCGGGAUCGCCCUCAGCAGACUCGCCCAGGAGAGGAAAGCUUGGAGAAAGGACCACCCGUUUGGCUUUGUGGCUGUCCCUACAAAAAACCCCGACGGCACGAUGAACCUGAUGAACUGGGAGUGCGCCAUUCCCGGGAAGAAAGGGACUCCAUGGGAAGGAGGCUUGUUUAAACUCCGGAUGCUUUUCAAAGACGAUUAUCCGUCCUCACCCCCAAAAUGCAAGUUCGAGCCCCCGCUGUUCCACCCGAACGUGUACCCCUCGGGCACGGUGUGCCUGUCCAUCCUCGAGGAGGACAAGGACUGGAGGCCGGCCAUCACGAUCAAGCAGAUCUUGUUAGGAAUACAGGAACUUCUAAAUGAACCAAAUAUCCAGGACCCAGCUCAAGCAGAGGCCUACACGAUCUACUGUCCUUGGCUUGACGAAGGUGUAAUUCUGUACCGGGGGAAGGAUGGACUGCGCCCGUCCUCUAUUUCUGAUGUGAGGGAAGAGAGCGCGUUCCCAGCAUGAGGCGCCUAAUAAUUAGUAAGGAAUUGUGGGCAAUACGUUAACCACUGUAUCUAAGAAUCCUCUAAUUAAAACAUUUCCACAAGUGC